ACUCUCUUUUUCCCGCAAGUGUUUGAAGUUGUACUCUAGUAACUAGGCGCCAAUCCCAGUGUAAGACCUUGAUCGCCUGGAAUUUUCCUGAGAUUUUUUGUAGCCUGGGAUUUAGCGAUGAGCCAAACUUGCUACUAUGAAGUUUUGGGUGUUGAGAAAACCGCUUCAGGUGAUGAGAUAAAAAAAGCAUAUCGUCGACUGGCACUUAAAUAUCAUCCAGACAAGAACCCAAACAAAAAGGAAGAAGCAGAAAAACAUUUCAAACAAAUCAGCGAAGCAUAUGACGUACUGUCGGAUCCUAAAAAGCGUGAAAUAUAUGAUAGAGGUGGCAGAGGCCCUAAUGCUAACGAUGAGUUUAUAUUUGAAGGUUCAGAUCCUUUCUCAAUGUUUACGCGAUUCCACUUCCGAGAUCCUAUGGAUAUAUUCAGAGAAGUAUUCGCUGGCUCUGGACUUGAUUCUUUCUUUGGUCCAAGUCUUCAUGACUUGCACGGUUCUAAUUUGGGUCGAACACAGAGAUCUAACUCUCAUCGCAAUGCUGGGCGACAAUCUGGAUCUCCCUAUCAUCAUGCCGGUCGUCCCAAUCAAAUGCAAAGUUAUGAUUCCAUGAUAUCGAACCCUUUCAUGGGUGGACUUUUUGACUCUCCAUUUGGUGGGUCACUGUUUGAUCCUUUGAUGGCUUUCUCCAGUUCUGGGUUCGGAGGUCCCCAGGCUACUUCAUCAACUUCCAUCUUUAGUAGUUUUGGUGGAUCUCCCAAUGUGGGUGGUUUCAGGUCAGUUUCAACAUCUUCCAAGUACGUAAACGGAAAAAUGGUUCGUGUGACAAAAGUAGUGGAGAACGGUGUCGAGACUACCACCGAAGAAGUAGAUGGUCAGGUAACGAACCGAACUAUUCGUCAGUGUGGGAAUGGAGCCCUGCAAGCAAUGUGAUUUAUCCUCACGCUAAAAAUACUUUGUUCGCAUAGUAAGACUAUUAACUUUGUAUAAUCAGUUUGACAGUUGUUUGUUGAGCUUGAAAAAAUGUAAUAUUUAUGUUGUCUUAAUAGGCAUGUCUUUAUGAGUCCAAUUUAUUUUUACGUCUAUCAUCAGAUACCUUGUUGCUAAAUUGUACCAAAGACAUGCCACCUUUAAGUCCUAUAAUACUUAAAUAAAAUAAAUCUUUCUCAUU